AUGCCGAUUUCGGCGCCCAAAAUUCCCGACGGCUUGCCGGAGCUAAUGCGCGGGCUGGCGAAGAGUGUAAUCAAGGAGAACCCGGAAAAUCUGUACGUGCACGCGGCCGAGUACUUCGAAAAUUUGAUUCGCGAGCGCGACGGUGAACUGGAGCGGGGUUAUCAGACGUUCAAUGCGUAUCAGGUGUACGCGGACUAUAAGGAAAAGAGUCGCGAGAAGCUGGGCCUCGGCGGCAAGACCGGAGAAGGUUCCUCGAUUAGUGAUGGUGAGGAAGGCGAUGAGAGUGGCAGUGGCGGAAGUGGCACCAAGUCGCGGGGUCGUCGGCGUGCUCGUCGUGCUCGCAAACAAUCGUCCAGGGAAAAGGACAACCCCGUGCCGACGGUGGCAGAAAAGCCGCCGAUUAGUGAGGCGGGAGAGGUGCAAAAGUUGAAUUCCCUUUCGGAAGAGAGCGCACCGGUGUCGGUGGUGGAGCAGGAAGUUGUUAAGGUGCACUACAAUCCUCCGGAGGCCGCACCGAGCGCGAGGGUCGUGAGCGCACAGUCGGUCGAGGCUGCCCAGGCCGUAUCGAACGUGCUGGACGACGAGCAGAUACUGGAUUCGGACUCGGGCACCGGUGGCAAGGAGACUGGCGACGAGGAGUUGGUGGAAGGCAAUGGGGACGAUGUUGGUACCGCUCCCAGUACGGCCGAAAUUACCGAGCCGGGUGGUCCGUUGGUGGAGGAAAACGGCGCAAUGGCCUUGCAGGAUAUGGAAACCUGUUUCAUGCAUGCGAACGUUGAUGAUUUAUUGGAAAAACACUCUGAGGAUCCGACGGCAGGAGACGAUGACUCGAAAGGCGCUACCGAUGUGGGCAAUGUCCCUACAGGGGAAGAUAUACCUGAGGGACCACAAGCAGCGGUUGACUCCAAUGUGACCUUGAAUGCACCUGAAUCAGUUAAGCAGGAUGUCUUUGAAGUGGACGAACAAGCGCCUACUAAGGAAAUUGUUGCGGAAGUUGAAAAAUCUAAAACAGAAUCCGAUAAUGUAGCUCCACUAGAUGAGAACACUACAGCAAAGGAAGAAGUCGAUGUGGGUGAAAUAAUGCCUGAAAGAACCGACCCAACGGCAGUUAAAGUAGAACGCAGUAAAUCUUCUGAUAGUGAAGCUAAUAUACUAACCGAUAACGUCGACGAUGGUUGUACCAAAGCAGGUGAUGAGACUAAAGAAGUACCACAACCGGAUGAGAAAGCGGACCAAAUUGCUGCAACACAAAGUGAACAAGCGGUUUCAAAGGUUGUUACUGGUGAGCCUGAGAGCGAAACAAAAUUACCGACAAAAGAUGCGUCCCUUGAAAAAUCUAAUGACGAAAAAACGCAAAUUGAAUCCCCAACGAAAGAUGAAUCAGACAAAGAAACCGAUGCAAAAAGCGACAUUGAACAGGACGAUAAGAAAACGGAGGAAAUAGUGUCUGAAGUUGAACCACAACCAGUAGUGAAACAGAUCAGCCUAGUGUCUAGAGUUGCAUUGGAUGAUGACGAGGCUGAGGAGGAAGCUGAAAAUAAAAUAGAACCCCAAACUACUGAAGGAAAUAACAUCGACGAGGUAGAUAAGGGGAACGAUGAAAAUAAUAAAAAAUUAUCCGACGAAAACACAGUGGAGUCCAAUGGCGAUAAUAUUCAGAUCGUUGAUGAAGUUAAAGAAGAAAAAGGAAUGGUUGAACAAACGCCAUCGAAUGAUAAAUUGAUACCAUCGGACAGCGUUGACCCGCAGACCGCUUCAUCCGACGAGGGUAAAAAGGCAGUAGAAGAAAGUUUGACAAAAAUGAACGAUCAACCAACAGAAGAUAGCGCAACGAGCCAGAAGACGGAAGAGAAUGAAGGUGAAGAACAAGCUGUUGCGGAAGUUAAUGCCAGUUAUGACGCUAGCUCUUCCGCUAUUGAAUCGGAUAAGCAAAUCGUACAAGAUGUCACAAACGAUAUGUUAGAACCAGUUGUGGAAUCGAAGGAGAAUGUAUCCGAUAAACCUAUCACCGAAGUGGACGACAGUAAGGGUGUUGAAAGUAAAACUUCAGAAGAUCCUGAUCCCCAACCGAACUUGUUCCAGGAAACAGCAGAUAGUGUAUCCGAUAAACCUAUCACCGAAGUGGACGACAGUAAGGGUGCUGAAAGUAAAACUUUAAAAGAUCUUGAUCAUCAGCCGAACUUGUCGCAGGAAAAAGUGAACCCAAUAGAAGGACAUGAUUCAGAGGAAAUUUCUGCUUCAAAAGAGGACAGUGGUGAUGUGAGUGAUCUUAGUGCUACAGAAAUAGGUGCACAGGCCCCCGAAAAAGUUAAUACCGAACUAGCGAGUGCAAAUGGAGAUGAUUCAAACCCUUCAAGUGACGGGAAAGAUGAUCAACCAGAGGCACACUCAGUAGAUCAAGGGGAGCAGCAUUCCUUAGAAAAAGAAUCAAUGCCACUCACGGAUAAUAAAGAUGCUGAAGAACAUCCCCAUGAUACUGAAAGUUCGGAUAAACCCUCCGAGAAGGUUGAACCAACGGCUGCUUCCUUACAGAUCAGUUCGGAUGAAAAGGCUCUAGAAGUGGAGAAACAAGCUGAGCCACAAGCAAGUGAGAAAUCCCCAGAGAAUGCUGAAUCAGUGGCGGCAGUGAGUGAUUCGGUUGAAAAAGGUAAGGAUAGUGAGGAGAGUACAGAAGAUAUGCCUGAUGUGAUGAAAUCGGAUGAAGAAAAGGAUUUAAAAGCACCCGAAGAACCCCUUACACUGGAGAGCGUGGUAAUGGAUAAUAUGCCCCAAUUUUUAGCCGGGGGUACAGGCGAUGAAGGCAAUAAUGGGGAAGAAAAUGUUGGAGAAAAAUCCUUAUCAAGUAGCAAAGAGAGUACUGACAAAGAUAAUGGUGUAGAAGUAUUACCGAAGGGGUCUACCACUGAAAGCAAUCCAGAAGAAGGUGGUACACCCGCAGAAGUUGAAGCUAGUCAACAGCAAGAUGUUGCAGAUACAGCCAGUUCCGAGGCACUGGCAGAGGUAGAACCUUCGGUCAAAAAAUCCGACGACGCACCGGUAGGCACGACAGAAGAACCAAUGACACCAAGCACAUCUAAAGUGGAGAGUGAUUCGAAAGAGGUCAUCGACAAAUCUGAUGACGUAUCGGAAGGGUCAAAGGAAGAAGCAGUGAAAGAAAGUGCAGCGGAACAGAGUGGUGAUUUGAAGGAGAUCGUCGGUAAGUCUGCUGAUACCCCGAUUGGGUCAACAGAAGAAACUGCGAAAGGAAGUGUAGCUGAACAGGAGAGUGACUUGAAAGAGGUCAUUGAGGAACCUUGUGUUAAGCGUGAGAAACGGGAGGCAAGUAUGGAGGAAGUGAUCGAGGAACCUUGUGUGAAACGGGAGGUAACACCCACAAAAACAACACGUCCCGAUAACGACGAUGCAGGUGGUGGCAAGCAGGUGGAGGAGUUAGAAGAAAUUAAAAAGGUGGACCUCAGUCAGCUGAGCAAGGAUUCGGCGGAAGCGUUGUUCUACAGCUUGAAGAAAAGUGAACUGGAGAACCAGGAGCCCGAUGGGUCACCGGAAGCGGCUGCUCCGGGUGCUGGAAGCCAGGAAAGUAAUGCCGAUGAAGACGACAAGGAUGUUGUUGUAGCGGAGGAACCUCCGGAGAUGGUGACGGAGGAGGCAACCACGAAGCGAACGUUCACGGACGAUUUUUUAGAUGAAGCCCCCAUCACUGAAACUCAACCUGCUGAUGCCGGUGGAUCGAGUGAUGGGGUACAGCAGGACCGGAUGGAGCCCCAGGCACUGACGGCACGAUCAUCGUCCGAAGCGGCCGAACAAGAGGAUGAAUUUAAUCCGAUGGUGAUGGUAUCGAUGCGCUCGAAACAGUUCCAGGAGCAGCUACACAGCAGAGUCGCUGAUGGGGAGCCCGGUGAUGAGGAACCGACAGAAAAAGAACCGACCACUACUCGACCACUCAUGAGAAGGUGUAUGACGGAAAUGACCGGCUUACAGCGGUAUGAUACGUUGGCGGACGAUGAUCCGGUCGAUCCACGCCGGUACGAUCCGGACUACGUUGAGGAGGAGGAUCAGUUCGAUGGAUAUUACAUCGGACACAUCAAGAAUAAGAUUUUAGCCUCUUCGGUUUCGGUCGCCGACUCGGACUACUUCGAUCCGACGCAGUCGUCGGAAGAACCGGUGGAUGAAAACAAUGUUCGCACGGCCCUGGAGACGAUCGCGUCGACAGACACCGAGUCCACCAUCGCAUCGCAGGCCACCAUACAGCAGGCUACAGCGGGUAAACGAAGCUACCUCCGGAAGCAUUCGCAGAACACAUCCUCCAACAUUCCGUACGCAUCGUUCGGGAAUGCCGCGAUCGAUAAGUCGCUGGACGAGUUCAUCGAGCGCGAGGAGCAAAACAAGCAGGACGAGGCGAUGGCGGAAGCGGCCACCAAAAUCCAGCGCUCCUACCGUACGCACAAGAAGCGGUUGCUGCGUGACUACCACAGUACCAUGCGUACCUUCACCGAGGACCUGUCGGCGGAGAGUGGUGAAGAGUACCCAUCGAAUGUGAUCCAGAUCAAGCUCGAUCAGAAACGGCUUGGAAGUGGUAGGGCUCUACCGUCGAUUGGGGACGGAGGUGAGGAAAGCGAUUCAACCCCGGUCAAUCAGCAGCAGCCGCCACACCAUCAACCCCUCGGAACCGUCAAGCGGCCAAUGUACAGCCUCAACAUCGACGACUACGAUACGGUUGCGAGGCGCAUGACGCUAACGCGUGGCGUUGCCCUGCAGCGCAACUCCACGCCCGAGGAUGACUCGGGAAAAUCGACAAACGCGUCCACCGAUCGUAAGCCAUCGUCGCUGAACAGCGUGCCAACCCCGGAAUCGGCACCGGCCAGCAGUGGUUCCGGCGAGGGACAGUUGGCGCGUACCUCCUCCGAAGAGAAGUCCGACCCUCUGAAGACCGAGGAACCGACAGCGGGUUCCAGUGGCGAGCAGGACCACAAGGAAGGCCACAGUUCAUCACGAUCAAGGCCACAGCGGACCGCUCCGGCCGCUACGGGACGGGACCCGGAACACGGACCGUUGCCGAAGAAUCGUACCGCCAUCGCUCCGCUGGAUGUACAGAGUCUGCUGCUGAUUGCCCGACAGCGCACCAUGCCGGUGCAGAUGGAUUCGUCCGUCAUCCGGGUGCUGCCGAAGCAUAUGCGUAAGCGGAUCAGCAGUGCCGGCAUGCCGAACGGUGGUGGCAAGCGUAAAUUGUAA